AAAUUCCGAGAUAUUGGGAGGUGGAGAAAUUUGAGGAGAGCAGAAGAGGAGGGGUGUUUAGUCUUGUUUAGGAUGUCUGGUGGAAAUAAAUGCUACAAAUGUGGAAAGCCUGGCCAUUUUGCGCGUGAGUGCAAAUCCAAAGUGUUUACACGUGGAGGUAGUGCAGGAGGUGGUGGUGCAGGAGGAGUGGGAGGAAGAGAAAAGUGUUACAAGUGUAAUCGUUAUGGACACUUUGCUCGCGAGUGCAAAGUAGAUGUUGAUCGUUGUUACAAAUGCAGUGAGCUUGGUCAUAUUGCCAAAGACUGCCCUAAGGAAAUAGACUCUGGUGCCUGCUAUAAUUGUGGGAAGAAUGGCCAUGUGCAGCGGGACUGUCCUUCUCAAAGUAAUAAGUCCUGCUACAGAUGCGGGGAAUCUGGGCAUUUGGCACGAGAUUGCCCCGAUGAGAAGCAGCAAGAUGGCCGCAAGUGUUACACAUGUAAGGAGGUAGGACAUCUCUCCCGAGACUGUCCGGAUGCGGCUUCGGGUGGACAGUCCCAGUCUAUAGAUAAAACCUGCUACAGAUGUGGCAAUACGGGACACAUUGCUAGGGACUGUGAGGAUGCAGACAAUUCCUGCUUCACGUGUGGAUCUGGUGACCACUAUUCUCGCGACUGCCCAAACCGUGAAGAAGAUGCUUCUGCAGGAAGUGGCUCAGCCUGCUACAGAUGUAAGGCUUUGGGCCACUUUGCCCGUGAUUGCCCGGAGCAAGGCAGUGCACAGGAUGUGACCUGUUACAACUGCAAAGAACCUGGUCACAUUGCCAGGAAAUGCCCGAAGCCGCAAGUCGAGUCUUAAGAGAUGGGAUUGUGGAGGAUCAUGGCUUGAAUGCCUGGAGAACACAGACAGGUCCAUCAGGCAGCUUUUCUGAUGUGGGUGGUGAUUUGGCCAAAUGCGUUGCCACCUGGCCUGUGGCCCAAAGCUGUCUUGAAGCUGCUGUGUAAAAUGUAAUAUACUACUGUCGAGUGAGCCCGCCCUUCACCCCAUUGUUACCACAAAGUUUAAUCUUAACGUAGGUGCCUUCCUCUUUGUUUUGAUGUAUCCCCAUGCUGGGAGGUUAGAUUGAAUUUUAAUGUUUUUACUAUUAUGGUCAGUGAAGCUUCAGUUGAGGUGAGGAAGUGUCCAGCUGUGUAGUUUAUGUACAGAAAUGCUACCUCGUGUAAUCCUUGCUACAUGUAUGCGGACUGAAAGACAGUCAUCCGAAGGGUUGUUGAGAUUGUGCUGUCUGACUUAUUUUUGUAAAUUUUGGGAUGACCUAAAAGAGUUGACCAAGAACACAGGCAACAUACAUCAUCAGUAAUGAUGAAAAAGAUUUAUUAAACCUUUUGAAGGACUUGAUUGUUGAACUAGUAGUUGCAGAGAAACUGCUAAUAAAUCCUUAACAAAAUUUAUAUAUCACCUGUAAUUUUACAGUACGCCCGGUUUCUGUGUGUACAGUUGUUCUUGGUCAACACAGAGAUUUAAACCCACUAGAGUUGUGUAGUGUUUAUUUAUUAACAUAGCCAUAUGUGUAUGGAGAGUCAUUAAUUUACGAAUAUAAAUUCUAAAUUCAUUCUUGUCUUAAUAACUGUCCAUGUUGGAAUGAUAAUGAGUCCUGGGUUUUAUCAUGUGUCCGAUUGCGAUCCGUGAUAAUACCAAGAAAUCUUGUAUUGAAUUGGUCAUGGGGAAUAAAGCAGUAAGGUGUCUGUGAUCUGGGCAGAAUAGAGUCGUGAGGAGAUUUAUCACCAGUAUAUUAAUACGUAUCAGCCAAACAUUCCAUAACUGAAUGUUGGUGUAAUGUUGCUCAGUUCUCACAAACUAAGAACACAGGCUUGGUUUAGCAUCAACAUGGACUAUUAAUACUGCCUUUACUGUAGUUUUUGGUCAGGUAUUUUAAUAAAAUUCUGACAUUCUAACAUUAAGUCGAUAUGUAAUUCCACAUUAGUGCUGUUUACUGAUUAAGGGAUAUUUGUAUACCAGAAAUUACCCACAGAGGCCUGUUCGUUCAACCGGUAUGUGCCACGUCAGUCUGUUGCCAUUUUCUGCUGGAUAUGGAGUUCACUUUAAAAAACAAAACGAAAGCAAAAGUCUAGUCGGAAUUGAAUCUAUUGUUACUGCUAGAGUAAAUCCAAAUUUACAAGCAUUUUGAGCAAAUGUACAUGUAAAUGCACCAGCUGGAAUAAUUUUGUUUACUUUUGAUGUGAGACUACAUGUAUCAGAGUUCUUGGCUUGUUGACCAGUGAAGUGAACCCAUGGAACGCGAAAUGUGUGAUCCAAAGGCCAAAGCCUGGAGACAGGAAUGUAUAUAGAGUUGAACAACAGUUGUAUUUUGAACAAUGAAUAGAACCAGAAGUCCUUGAUUGGAUGAACUCCUCAAAUCUUAUUUUUCUACCUUGGCUGGAAUGAGGCAGGGGCAGAUUUUCACCAGAAACAAGCCUCAACUAAAUCAGUAUUUACUGUGUUUUGGGGCACUUUACGGCACAAGUCUAUGUAUACAUCUCUAGUUUUUAUCUCGGAGUUCAGCACCAAAUUUUGUUUCAUGGAUUAUUGUUUAUAAAGAAGUAUGCAUUGUUUUUUUUGUUGUUUUUCUAGUACAACUUGUACAGCUUAUGACAAAAAAAAAAUCGUUCUUAAAUUUAAGGAUACCUUGCUUGUUAGUUGGUGGGAGUUUGUGGAAUAAAAAAGAACUAUUUAAAUAUAA